AUGGCAGACCUUCGACCCGGCCAGGCCGUUCUCCUCAAGAAUGGCCUGAAAGGCACAGUCCGUUUCUAUGGACAGACUGAUUUCGCGCCAGGCGUCUGGGUCGGCGUGGAGCUGGAGGAGAACGCGGGCAAGAACGAUGGCAGCGUCAAAGGCAUCCGGUACUUUGACUGUGCCCAGGAUCAUGGCAUGUUCCUCAAGCCUGAAGCGGUGCAGCCCAUUGCACAGCCGCCCGCAAAGGCUCCCUUGAGCAAGCCUCCACGGCCGAGCAGCUUCAAUCCUGCGGCUGGUCGAGUCUCGUCGGCCAUCCAGCAUGAUCAGGUCUCCAGCCAAGUCGCCAACCAAGCAGCUUGCGAGCGGGCCGCCAAGCUCCUCAACCUCACGAACAGGCACUCCUCUCGCUCGCGUACCAUCAGUCGGUUCAAAGACACGCCCCCCUAUUCUGGUGCUGGCAGGGACAGCGGGAAAGAGGACUCGGCAGACGGCGUUGGCUCCCCUCUGAAAGACGAAGUCGAGAUCCUGUCGCCACAACCGCGCAGCCCUGCCGUUGCAAGGUCGAAUACAGUCGAGAAGCUCACGGCGUCUGCCAAUGGGAAUGGGGCGAGGAAAAGUCCCGCGGCCGCCCGUACCCGUGAUGCCCCCGGCGGUGCUGCAGCUUCCACACGCGAGCUGGAGGAACUCAGAGCCAAGGUCAAAAUCUUGGAACGCAAGCGCGGCGAGGAUAGGGAAAAGCUGCAGCAACUCGAGAAAGUCCAGGGCGAGAGGGACAAGUUUGAAAACAUCAUCCAGAAGCUGCAACAGAAAUAUCAGCCUCUACAACAGGAGAACUCGGAACUUAAAAGGGAAAUAAAGGAGGCUCAAGACAAGUUCCAGUCUAUCGAGGAUUUCCAGGCCUCGUACGAGACAGACCUGGAAAUGGCCAGGUUGGACCGCGAAUUGGCAGAGGAGGUCAAGGACUCUCUCCAGUACGAGCUUGACGAGCUCAAGAUCCGAGCACAAGAGCUGCAGCUCGAACUGGAGCUCGCCAAGCAUGAGAACGAAGGACUCACCGAAGGCAUGAGCUCCGAGGAGAGAGCAAGUGCCGGCUGGCUGCAAAUGGAAUCAGAUAACCAGCGCAUGCGGGAAGCGCUUGUUGCGCUUCGGGACAUAACACGAGAGACCGAGCAUGAUCUGCGAGACCGGAUACAGACACUCGAGGAUGAGACAAAGGACUUUGGCCAACUUCGGGAGCGAUACGAUAACGCGCAAGCCGCCCUCCAACAUACCGAGCAGCUUGUAGAGGAGCUCAAGCUCCAGCUCGACGACGCGCUUGGCGCCACCAAAACAAUCGAAGACCUGUCGGAACAGAACCUCUCCUUACUCGAGAGGGUUGCGACCCUCCAAGGCGCUGUCGAAGAGCUCGAGAGCCUGAAUGAGCUCAGUAACGAGCUCGAGGCCAACUAUAUACAGCACAACAAGGAGCUGCUGACUGAGAUCGACUUCAAAGACGCCGUCAUCCAGGAGCAGGCUCGUCGCUAUGAUGACCAGAGAACCAGCCUCAACGAUCUCGAGCACACUCUAUCUCGCUUCCGUGAGCUGGUGACGACUUUGCAGAGCGAUCUCGACGACAUGCGCGCAACGCAAGCCGUUACCGAGGGCGAGUCCGAGAAGCUCAACGAGCGAUCGCGUGCGAUGCAGGAUCUGAACAUGAAGCUUCAGAUCUCUGCCUCUAAAGCGCAGGCCAAAUCGAUCGAUCUCGAGUUGCGACGGCUCGAGGCCCAAGAGGCAGAACAGCAUCUCGCCAUUGUCAAGCUCUUCCUGCCCGACAGCUACAAGGAAGAUCAAGAUUCUGUCUUGGCAUUCCUGCGCUUCCGCCGUCUGGCUUUCAAGGCUGGUCUGCUGAGUAGCUUCAUUAAGGAGCGCGUCACCGGGCAGCCCCAACCUGGCCACGAGAAUGACAACAUUGCUGGCUGCGAUGCCAUCGACAAGCUUGUGUGGCUCUCGUCGACAUGCGACCGGUUCGUUCAUGACAUGUCAUGCUGUUCCGUCGAGCAAUUCUCGAAAUACGAGAAUGCACUCCAUGAGCUUGAGCCUGUCGAGCGUGCACUCAAUGGGUGGAUCGAGGGCUUGCGCCGCGAGGAUUUCAAGGAGCAGAAGUGUGCGGACGAGCUCCAGCGCACCAUGUCGCUCAUGACGCACCUCGCCGAGGUCCACAUCCCCGAGAGCCUCGCCAGCUUCGCAGAUGAGUGCCACGCCAAGUCUGUCACCAUGCACAGCCAGCUCGAUUCUGCAGCUUUGGUCUUGACGACUCUGCGGAAUAUGGUGCAAAGGGUCAUCCCGGCGGCGGGCGAGGAAAAUGAGCUUGCCGAGCACUUUGCCCAGAGAAUGGACGCUGCCAUUUCCAAGACCCGUAGCGUCAAGGUCGCGGCACAAAAGACUGUCCGUUCUCUCGAUGAGCAGAAGAAACGGUCCUUGGCUCUGCUUCCCGAGACGCGCGACUACUUUGAGCAAACCGAGCAUGCAACCCAGCAAGUCGUCGAGCUUGCUCGCCAUGUCGGCUACGGCGUGCACAAGCUGAUGACCCAGGACGAAGGCCGCGCAGAACCCUUCACCUACAUUGAGGUACGGGAAUGUAUCCAACGCCUGGUCCUCGAGACGACGCUAGCCAACGAGUCUGAUAUUCUCUUCGAGUAUGUCAAGAAACUCGAAGUCGCCGGCAGCAAGUUUAGCGAUUUGUCCGUCAUGGCAGACGAUCAUGAGCAAAUGGUCGAGUUUGACGUCGGUGCCGCCCCUUGGAAACUCCGCUCUGCGCAGCUCAAGGCGCUCAAGACAGUUCCGCUUGACGCCGAGGAAGAGCUCCGGCGGCUCAAGGAGGAAUGCUCCGAGUCUCGACGCACGAUUGCCCAGCGCGAUGAGAACCUCAGUACUGCUAUGCUCAAGAUCGACACCCUCGAGGCCCGCAUGCGUGAUGCCCAGGCCAACUUGGAGCGCAUCACGACCUUGCAGACCGAGUUGCAGGCUGCUGGCGAGGAGGUCGCUGGUCUCAAGGAGGAGAUUGCAAAGCAGGACCAUGAGCUCAAAGACCUCGAGACGGAGCGUGACAAGUGGCAGAAGAUUGCUAGCGACAGUCAGGCCUUUGCCGACACGGCCGAUGAGGCGGGCGCCAAGGCAGGCCAGGAGCGUGCUGUUGCCACUGCCCGCGAGAUGGACGCGCUCAAGAAGGACAUUGGCAGUCUUCAAGCAGCCGUGCGCUUCCUCCGCGAAGACAACCGCCGCGCUCGUCUGACCGAGCAGCCCAAGCACGACUGGCUUGCGGAACCUCUCAAGAAGCCUGCGAGUGCCGCCGCGCAACGCAGGGCGCUUGUCGCAUCCGAGGGCCGAGAUGUGCUGGGCGAGCUCGUGAAGAUGGCUACCUCGUCUACCGUAUUCGAUUUUAGCAAGCUGCCCGAGGACAAGCUUGCCUGGCGUCCGGCCCGAGCCACGCCGCAGUACCACGCUGCGAAACAGCGUGAGGAUUACGAGGCGUGGAAGGACUGGCAGUCGUCGGUACUAAGGAAGACAGAACUCCUCACAAUCGGGAAACGCGCCGGCAGAGAAAAGAGGCUCAUGGCGGACCCAGCAGCGCGCCUGCAGAUACGGUUGCCUGGCUCUGAUGGCAAGAUGCUGGCCGGGUCAGGACAGCGUGUACAAAUCGUCGGAUCACAGGAAUGGGAGUCCUUGCAGGGCCGACUGGGCGCGACUGCUUGA